AUGUUCCGAGAAUGCGUUGAAUUGAUCGCGUUUCGACGAAUUUCGGCUUUGGGGAUGGAUUCGACCGUGGCGUUGCUCCUUCUGACCGCCUGCAUUCUCGAACUCGUGGUUGGUCAGCAAGGGCCGGUGUUCGUUCUCGAGCCACCAAGUACUCUGGUCUUUUCCAAUACCACAGGCUCCCAGCUAAGCUGCUCCGCUCAUGGGAGUCCAACGCCGCACGUCACCUGGAUAACCAGUCCGGAUCAGAGAUCGGUCACCGCAGUUCCUGGACUAAGGCAGUUGCUCGGGAACGGCACCCUCUACUUUCCGCCAUUUCUGGCGCAGGAUUUUCGAGCGGAAAUGCACAACGCGAGGUACAGGUGUCGCGCGACCAGCUCCGUGGGAACGGUGCUCUCUCGCGAGGUCACUCUUCGCGCUGUGCUGACUGUCCCUGGCUACGACGUAAUGGUGAAUAGAUCCCCGGUGGUGGAGGGAUGCAACGCGGUUUUAUCUUGCUCCGCGCACAAAGAUGUGAAAGAACACCUGACAGUCACCUCCUGGUUCCGCGACGACGCCAUUCUUCUACCUGGAAGCACGGACACGGGAGGAAGAUUCGUAGUCACUUCUCAAGGCGAUCUUCACAUCAGAGCCACCAGACCGGAAGACGGUAGAGCCACCUACUCGUGUUUAACUUUUCACGCGCUGACUAGCGAGAGGAGAAGAAGCGAGCCUGCAACGUUAACAGUCAUAGAACCAACUGGAUCAAUGCCGCCAAAAUUGAUGCAGAGAUCUCAGAUCGCCAUCUCCGCGGAGAGCGGCUCGGACGUUCACCUAACUUGCUCAGCCCAAGGGAGCCCACCCCCUCAAUUUACUUGGUAUCGCGAUGUUAACGGGCAUUCGAUACCGGUGGAGUCAUUUGGUCGAAUUCAACUGUGGGGUGAUUUGAUGCAAAUCCGCCGCGUGGACGCUCAGGAUGCAGGAAGGUACAUUUGUCGAGCUAGCAAUCAGGUUGGCGAGAAACGAGCGGAAACACACCUGUCGGUCACGUCAAAACUUAACGCUCGGAUACAGCCUCGUGUACAGAUCAUCAAUUCCGGAGAGUCAGCCACUAUGAAUUGCACGGUGGAGGGUUAUCCGGUCGAGAGCGUCGAGUGGCUGCACGACGGUGUUCCCGUAUUGACCGCGCAGGACACGAGGAUCAGAUUGCUGGCUCCUCUGGUGCUCAUGAUAGGCUCGGUCGGCCGAAAGGACAAGGGGAUGUAUCAGUGCCUGGUCAGAAGCGACAAGGAGAACGCACAGGCCACCGCGGAAUUGAAGCUAGGAGACACAGUUCCCGAGCUGCAGUACACGUUCAUCGAGCAAGCACUGCGUCCAGGUCCUCCAGUGUCUCUGAGAUGUUCAGCGACAGGAUCACCUCCGCCAUCGUUCACUUGGCUGUUGGACGGAGAGCCUCUGAGCGAGAUAGCCUCUGGACACAGGUACGCGAUAGGACAGUACGUCGAUCAGUCCGGAGACGUGAUCAGUCAUUUGAACAUAUCGUCGGCUGGAGCCGAAGAUGGUGGCCUCUACGCCUGUGUCGCUUCCAACACUCUAGCCACAGUCGAGCACAAAGCCAGAUUGAACAUUUACGGUCCGCCGUAUAUUCGAUCGAUAGGACCGGUCCGAGCGAUAGCCGGUGUCAAUACCACCAUAGCGUGUCCCUAUUCCGGUUAUCCUAUCACGUCGGUCGGAUGGUCUCGCGGAGGAGUCGCGCUACCUCUCGACAUAAGGCACCGCGUUGACGGGGAGGGCCAUCUUACCAUCGCCAAUGUGGAUCCAAAUGACGCUGGCACUUACAGUUGCAUGGUUCACGCCAGACCUGGCGAAACAGCGAGCAGGGACAUCCGUCUCACUGUUAGCAGUCCACCGGUUAUGAGCCCCUUCAACUUUCCAUCGAAUCUUCAGGAAGGUAGUAAGGAUGGCGAACCGUUGCCUUCCUCUUUACGCAUAGAGGAGAGGGUGGCUGAGUUCUUCAGUCUGCUCGUCUUCAAGGAGCUAUCCUCGAGGCACAGCGGCAAAUACACUUGCGUGGCGACCAAUAGCGCUGCCAAAGUGAACCACACAGCUGAACUUUUGGUGAAAGUGCCACCGCAAUGGAUCUUCGAGCCUCAAGACGUGGCGACACUCUUGGGGAACCCGUUGAACGUUCACUGCGAGGCCAAAGGAUUUCCUCCGCCACGCGUCACCUGGCUACGUGCCAGAGGAAGAACGUCCAAUGAUUAUCAGCCUCUGGUCGAUGGUUCUGACGGCAGACUGACAAUAUUGCCCAAUGGAUCUCUGUGGACUGCCUCUGCUGGACCUCAGGACGAAGGGCACUAUCUUUGCAGAGCGAAUAAUGGCAUUGGGUCGGGGCUGAGCAAAGUGAUCUACGUUUCUGUUCAUGAGCCAGCGAGAUUCGAGUACCAGAGCAAAAACGUGACGAUCCGCCGUGGUGAAUCCGUGACGCUGGAUUGCACUGUCAUCGGAGAUAAUCCCAUUGAGGUGCAGUGGAUGCACAACAGCGACCGUUUAGACACGAACAGUCACAGGCUGAGCAUCAGCCAAAUAAAAACAGACAACGGACUGAAGUCACAGUUAUCUAUAGGGAGCAGUGAUCGUCAGGACUCAGGAGUGUACAGGUGUACGGCGGAUAAUGCCUAUGGAAGGAGCGAACAUCUCAUUUAUCUCGCUGUCCAAGAGAGACCGGAUCCGCCAGCCUCGCUGGAAGUCAUAGAAAUCGGCUCCCGAUCGAUACGAUUACUAUGGAAGAGAGCUUUCGACGGAAACAGCCCGAUACGGAAUUACGUUAUUCAGUAUCGGUCUCUGAAUCACGGUUUGCCGGACGAUUGGAAUCCGGAGAAAACGCACAACGUCACAUACAUGCCCGGAAGUUCUUCUAAUAACGGGAACACCAUUCAUCCGACGCAAAAUGGUUUAUCCCCUUUCGAGACUACCAGUGAGGAUCAAGAAGUAGCUUUAGUUGGAGGACUUCAUCCAGCAGUGACUUACACGUUUCGUAUAUUCGCGAUAAAUUCAAUAGACGUGAGUGUGCCUACUGACGCUGUCGUCGCGAAAACUCAAGAAGAAGCACCCACAGAACCACCUCAAAAUAUUAAGGUACAGUCAGCUGGGCCUGGAGAACUUAUGGUUAGCUGGCAGCCACCCCCAAAAGAAUCCUGUAACGGAGAUCUAUUGGGCUACAUAGUGACAUGGUCGGAGCAUUCAUCUUCAACGUCAGGUGUGAACCAAAGCAAAAGUUUAACCGUGCACGGAUGGGCGACUACAAAGGUGCAACUCACCGGGCUGAGAAAGUUCACCAAGUACGAUAUAUCGAUCAGAGCUUUCAAUAGUAUAGCUAGCGGUCCAGCCAGCGUUCCUAUUGUUGGAACAACUCAGGAAGGAGUGCCAGAAACUCCGCCGACUCAAGUGUCGUGUGUUCCUCUGUCUUCCCAAAGUGUGAAAGUUUCUUGGAGUGCUCCGCCACCGCAUCAACAUGGCGGAAUUAUUCAGGGCUAUAAAGUGUAUUACAGGCCUGUGCCCACUGAUAACAUGGACAUAUCGACAGUGGGCGAAGUAAAGAAAACUUCCAGUGUAGAAACGUAUCUACACACUCUGUAUAAGUAUACGAAUUACUCGAUUAGAGUACUGGCUUAUACGGGAGCCGGUGAUGGUGUUCUGAGCCCUCCAAUUUUUUGUACAACCGAGGAGGAUGUCCCUGGUCCUCCAGCUGGCAUUAAAGCUUUAGCCUUAACAGCAGAGAGUAUAUUAGUUUCGUGGUUACCACCGUUGCAACCCAAUGGGAACGUCUCCAAGUACACGGUUUACAGCAGAGAAGCUGGUUCCAGCAACCACAACACGCACACUAUGCACGAGCCUCCGUCAUCUCCAACUGAUACUCUCACCAUGGAACUACGAGGUUUGGUAGAAAGACAAUUGUACGAGUUCUGGGUGUCAGCAACGACAGGGUUAGGCGAGGGAGAACCAACCACCAUAGUAACUCAAACUACAAAUACUAGAGCUCCAGCUAGAGUGGCCUCUUUCUCGCAAUUGUUAAGAAGGGCAAUUAAAUCAUCGAUCACGUUAUCUUGUUUGGUCGUGGGGAAUCCCACGCCUCGUCCAAUAUGGACGUACAGAAAUGGACAGGUUUCUACUGGUAGACAUUACGAAUUGACUGCUGAUGGCCAUCUUAAUAUUCAUGGACUGGAACAGUCAGUGGCGGGGAAUUACACAUGUUCAGCCAGCAAUCUGUUUGGCGAUGAUUCUAUCACGUACACGUUGGUGGUGGUAAUGCCUCCAAGAGCACCAACGCUGGAAUUGCAGUAUACGACAACGAAUAGCAUAAGACUUAGGUGGAAUCAUCCCAACAAUGGCGGUGCUACCAUUCAAGGUUACGUUUUAAGUUACAAAAGGGACCAAGGUGACUGGGAAGAAAUCGCGCUAUCUCCAGAACAAACUGAGUUCAUUUUAUCAGGCUUAAAGUGCGGUUCCUCUUACUUGGCGCAUUUGACAGCACACAAUCGCGUGGGCACAGGCGAUCCAAGUCCUCCAAUCAGUGCCACGACAAAAGGAACUGCUCCUUUACUACCAAAGGAACGGGAUAUCAUCACUGCCAAUGGCACCUCCGUAAAACUAAACCUUCUGUCCUGGCCGAAUGGCGGUUGUCCCAUUCAGUAUUACACAGUAGAGUACCGUAGACGCGUCAGCACUGAGCCAUGGAUUUUAGUGGCGAGUCGUGCCACAGAGAAUCUAAUCAUAAGAGAUUUAAAGACUGCUUCAUGGUACAGUUUACGUCUGACAGCGCACAAUGAUGCUGGCUCCACGCAAACUAAAAUGGAAUUUGCCACAACCACUCUCAGUGGCGUCAGCAUUGGUCCUCCAAACGAUCUGAUCAUGGAAGACGACGUUAAAAAAACUAUACCUAAUCACAAAGUGCUCUACGUGGUUGUACCUCUUGUUUGUGCUAUUGUUCUGAUUAUCUCGGCCGCCAUUUUGGGUUACGUGAUGUUGAAACGCAGUGGAAGAGGUAAUUAUUUAGGAGAAAUACUUCCUGGACAGCAGCAGAAUCAACAGGCUGGCUUAGGGCUCGUUCAGCAACAGCAACAGCAUCAACAACACCAUCAUCUUUCGAGCUGUAUGUCCACUAUGCAGCUGAAGUCCACUGCUGAACGUGACAACAGGAGGAAUCAUCAAGUUUAUACUAGCUCUCCGGUGAAGCAGGAAAAUCAUAAGUCCAAUGACCAUGGAUCAGAAAUGUACGAAAUAAGUCCAUACGCCACGUUCAGCGUACCAGGAAGGGAGAAUCGUUCAGUUACCACUGCGACGCUCGACUACACGAUGCAAUUUAAAACGUUCGGUCAUCUAGAGAAUGAGGACAUCAAUACGAUCGAUUACGAGAGGUCCAGCGUGGACUUCGAGAGGUCUAAAACACCAAGGUGGCACAAGCAGCGAUACUUCCCAAGCAUCGCGGAAGCGGAGAGCAAACUGCGCUCGAGUCGUCAAGGUUCCGGAAGCGACACAUCCGGAAGCCCUUGCGGAGAAUGCGCUGGACCUAGUUACAGGGUGCCAGUGAAGCCUUGCAGAGAUGUGUUUUCACGAGGGGUGGAAUCGAGUACAGAAUCCAACAACGAAGGUUCACCCUCGCUAGCGAGACGACGAAGCCGACAGCCGAGCCGGUCUACUCGCAGUUCGGUGGAGGACAUGACGUUGUUGCCGCCAAGCGGGUUUAGCGACAGCCGCGAGUUGAGCGACGUAGAGUGCGACCGUGAUCGUGAUCGUGAUCGUGGCGAGCGUGAUCGUGAUCGUGAUCGCGACUGGCAAGGUCUGUCGGCCGGGACCCGCCACGGCGGCAGCUUGGGUAGACUGCCGAUCGAGGCCGUCGAAUCUAUGCUCGCUAGGUACCAACAAAGGAAGGAACAAGAGAGGCAAGAGUUCACUAUACACGUAUGA